CAGAGAGAGACUCCGCCUAUACCACACUCUCAUAUUGAUGCUCCAGAUGAGAAAAGACAGCGGGGAAGAACCAAACGAGACCAAGCGUCUCCUCCUUGGCUUAACUCUACCAUCGGCCUUAUCCGCAGAAAUGAGCUCUUGGUGAAGUGGAGGUGCUUCCGGCCGGACUGGGGCCACCGACAAAGAGCACAACCGAGGGUGCUCGCAACGAUGAGCGGCUUGCACUAUUCCCUCGGGCGGAGGGCAUCGCCGCCAUAUCCGCGCAGCGUUUCUUGAGGUGUGGCUGAGAAAACGUCCGUAAGAUCCGGUCAGCCGAAACGACACGACGAGGAAGAGGUGGAGGAGGAGGUGGUGGCGGUGGUGGUGGAGUGCUGGUGGAAAAGAUGUCCGCCUCGGUGGGGCCACAGAGCGGCCCUCGCCCACCUACCGUGCCGCCAUCCAUGCCGGACCUUCCGGAUUUGAGCCAUCUCACCGAGGAGGAGCGGAAAAUCAUCAUGGCAGUGAUGGCUCGGCAAAAGGAGGAAGAGGACAAAGAACAAGCCAUGUUAAAAACACUGCACCAGCAGUUUGAGAGCUAUAAACAAGAGGUGCGUCGCAUCGGGGCGGAGACCCGGCGUCAGCAGACACAGCAGAAGGAUGAUGCACCCACCUGCGGCAUUUGCCGCAAGACCAAGUUUGCAGAUGGCUGUGGUCACUUGUGCUCCUACUGCCAAACCAAAUUCUGUGCCCGCUGUGGGGGCCGAGUCUCCCUGCGCUCCAACAAUGAGGACAAAGUGUGUAUCAUAGUAAAGGACAGGGUAAUGUGGGUAUGCAACCUGUGCCGUAAGCAGCAAGAGAUUCUCACCAAAUCAGGAGAAUGGUUUUCAGAGUCAGGGGUGCGGCCUGGGAACCUGGGCUUCACCUUAAAUGAUCCAUCCAGGGUGGGUGAGGCCCAACAGGAUAGGAAGCUACUCCGCUCCAAGUCUCAAGUUCCAUCCUCCACAACUAACAGCAAUACCGAGCUGCCACACAGGACACAAGGACCUGCUGGUGGUACUUCCUCUAAGGCUCCAGACACCAUGUCUGGUACUCGCUCCCAAAGCGUACCACCUCGGGAAAAAAAAAGGCCAGUUUCGUACCAUGAACAGAAUGGUAAAGGAGGCCUGGGGCGUGGUACUGGCCGAAGGUCUGCUGGAAAGUUAUCAUCUCAGUCAUCUUUGGAUGAGAAGCUUGGCCCCAGUGACCGACGAGAGAGACAGCCACAAGAUGGUCACAGGCUGCAAAAGAUCCAUUCUCAGGACUAUAAUGAUGGAGAGGACAACUUGAGUCAAUUAGAAAGAAAUCGAAGACGGCCAGAGGAUGAUGAACAAAGAGAACGGCAGCGACGUGAGGAGGAGUUCCAGAACCGUUAUCGUAGUGACCCCAACCUUGCGCGAUACCCUGUGAAGCCACAAAAAGAGGAACAGGAGAUGCGCAUGCAUGCCAAGGUAUCCAAGGUCCGCCACGAACGUAGACACAGUGAUCUUGCAAUCAACGAGGUCGGACUAGGGCCUGGUGAAGGAGGAGGCUGUGAAGCGCAAGUGUCUGAUAACCGUCUGACCAGGAGAGGAAGCCGCAAUGCUCAAUCAGAAAACUAUCGAGCGUACUCUGUUGAAAGGACCGUGGGGGAACCAGGCGGAACGGUGCCUCCAGAUAAGAAGGGCUUCUUUGAGCCAGGUGUAACACACACAGCAAGAGACAAAGGUGCAGACAACUUGUUGAGGAAGGACUCACAAAGUUCAGAACAGUCUGAGUCUUUGCGGCCGCCCCCUUCACGGUCAUACAAGAGCAAGCGCGGAGUAAACAAGAGGCAGAUGUCCAUCAGCAGCUCAGAGGAGGAGGGCGGCUCCACGCCGGAGUACACCAGCUGUGAGGACGUGGACAUGGAAAGCGUCAGCGAGAAAGGUGACUGGGACUGUCAUCCGCUUGAUCCUACAGUUUGGCAUCAUCCUGUAACAUGGCAGCCAUCGAAAGAGGGCGAUCAUCUGAUUGGACGCAUCACGCUAAGCAAGAGAUCAGCCAUGCCACGAGAAGCUGGGUCACUCCUGGGCCUAAAAGUUGUAGGUGGGAAGAUGACAGAGACUGGAAAACUUGGAGCUUUCAUCACCAAAGUAAAAAAAGGAAGCCUGGCAGAUGUCGUGGGACAUCUAAGAGCAGGUGAUGAGGUGUUGCAGUGGAAUGGGAAGUCGUUGCCAGGAGCAACCAAGAAAGAGGUGUACAACAUAAUUCUUGAAUCAAAAGCUGAGCCUCAAGUGGAACUAGUUGUUUCAAGACCCAUAGGGGACAUUCCUAGAAUCCCAGAGUCAUCGCACCCUCCUCUUGAAUCUACAGGUUCUAGUUCCUUUGAGUCACAGAAAAUGGAUCGGCCAUCUAUAUCAGUGAUGUCCCCAACAAGCCCAGGUACCCUCAGAGACCUUCCUCUGGUGCUGCCUGGACAACUGUCGGUAAAACUGUGGUAUGACAAAGUAGGCCAUCAGCUCAUCGUCAACGUCCUUCAAGCCAUAGACCUGCCAUCCCGACCGGAUGGACGACCUCGGAACCCAUAUGUUAAAAUGUACUUCCUGCCUGACAGAAGUGACAAAAGUAAACGUCGGACUAAAACCGUGAAAAAGAGCGCAGAGCCCAAGUGGAAUCAGACGUUCAUAUAUUCACAUGUUCAUCGGCGAGACUUUCGUGAGCACAUGCUGGAGAUCACCGUCUGGGACCAACCAAGGGUCCAGGAAGAGGAAAGUGAAUUCAUGGGGGAGAUCCUGAUAGAGUUGGAGACCGCCUUGUUGGACGACAUUCCUCACUGGUAUAAACUCCAGACACAUGAUGUGUCCUCAAUACCUUUGCCUCAGCCAUCCCCAUACCUUCCGCGCAGACACGUCCAUGGAGACAGCCCAAGCAAGAAACUACAAAGAGGAGAGCGUAAUUCAAGGGAAAGAGACCGAGGCAGUACGUUGGCUGUGCCUGAACAGCAGCGCGCGCUUCAGCAUCGCUCUCGCUCUGUAUCUCCUCACCGAGAGGAUUCCUGCAGGGCGAGGUCGCGGCCUGCACAUGUGCCCAUGCAAAGGAGCCUGGAUGAGAUCCAUCAGAACCGCCACCACUCCCAGUCGCCUUCCCAUUACCACGACUCCCAUUUAGAGCAUCAGCGCUCUGGUGACUCAGACUACGAGUACUCUGAAGACAGUGAAGCCCUGGAGGUGAACAGAUCAAUCCGAGGUGGGAGUGCAGAGUGCCUACACACAAACAGCUCCACCCUCCCCGCAUGCCUAAAAAGCAAGCUGCCCCAAAGGCAAGAGGGAGGCAACAACGUGCAUCGUAGUAUCUUUGCACACCGUGUCCUCAGGUUCACUGAUGAGGUCACAGUUAGUGACCUGCAGCCAUCGUUGGAUAGAGUGAGGAGUGCCAGCACCACAUGUUUGAGACCAGACAGCAACUUUCACUCUUCUGACAAAGACAGGUGCUUCAAUUCAUUGCCCUGCAAGAGCCCCUCAAAUCCCCGGAUCUUAGUAGAACACGUGGCCUCUGCGGAAGACAGGGAGUGUAGCAAUGCAUCAAGUCCAGACUGUCUAAAAGGCAGCAAAAAAACCUUGGAGGGUGACAGUCGCAUCCAGCCCACCUCUAUCCUCAGGGGCAGUAGGGGCAAAGGUUGGCCACUGAGACCCUUUGGUCAGACAGCUUUGGCUGGGUCCUCUCCAAACUCUCUGCAGACAGACAGAACACACCCUUCCUCCCCAAUGGGGACUCCCUCAUCAGGCCGCAGGGGCCGGCAGCUUCCACAACUCCCGGCUAAGAGCAGCAGCAUAGAACAAGCCCUAGCAGUUGAAGAGCGAGCCCGACAGCUGCAUAUGAAAGUACAUUCCUAUCGGCCUUCAGCUUCCCAUGACCCUGAGUCGGACCUCAAGUAUAAACGGGAGAUGUUUGCAGAACAGCGACGUAGCAGCGACAACAUGUCUGCAAGGUCGUCAGACAGUGAUAUGAGCGAUAUGUCAGCUCUCUCCCGUGCCAGCAGUGCCUCUCGCCUCAGUAGCACCAGCUACAUGUCUAUCCAGUCAGAACGCCCAGGGGGACGUCUUAGUCGGCAGAUGAGAGCAUCAGCGGGACGCAGCAUGCUCAAGAGCUCCAGUGUUAGUGGGGAGAUCUACACGCAGGAGCGCACUGAUGGCAGCCAGUCAGACACAGCACUCGGCACAGUGGGGGGAGGCAGCAAGAAGAGACGCUCCAGCCUCAGUGCAAGGGUGGUGGCCAUUGUUGGAAACCGCCGCAGCCGAAGUACUUCCCAGAUAAGUGGCCCUGAGGCAAAGACUAAAAAGGAGAAAGGAGCACCGAUCCAGAGGAGCACAGAAACCGGCAUGGCAGUGGAGCUGACGAGGAACAUGAGUCGGCAGCCCAGCAAAGAGUCCAACAAUGGCAGCAUGAACAGCUACAACUCUGAGGGGAAUAUCUUCUCUGGAGUCAAUCUGGGAGCAAGCAGCCAGUUCAGUGACUUUUUGGAUGGCCUUGGUCCGGCUCAGUUAGUGGGAAGGCAAACACUUGCUACGCCCGCAAUAGGUGACAUCCAGAUCGGUAUGAUGGAGAAAAAGGGUCAGCUGGAGGUGGAGGUUAUCAGAGCGCGAGGUCUUGUACAAAAGCCAGGCUCGAAAUCCCUCCCAGCACCUUAUGUCAAGGUCUACCUGCUGAAAAAUGGAGCAUACGUAGCCAAAAAGAAAACCAAGAUUGCACGGAAAACACUUGACCCACUGUACCAGCAAGCACUGCUGUUUGAGGAGAGUCCACAGGGUAAAGUCCUACAGGUGAUUGUAUGGGGGGACUACGGCCGCAUGGACCAUAAAAGCUUCAUGGGAGUUGCGCAAAUUCUCCUGGAGGAACUGGACUUAUCAAGCACAGUAAUUGGCUGGUACAAGUUGUUUCCACCUUCCUCUUUGGUGGAUCCAACUCUGGCGUCCCUCACACGGCGAGCUUCUCAGUCGUCGCUGGACAGCUCCUCUGGACCGCCCGGGAUCCGAUCCUAGUGGGCCGACAGCUCAACACCGCUCUGCGAGUGAUUAACUCCUGACAUGCACAGUAAGAAGGGAUAGAACGCUGAAGCAGAAAUGUAGAGCAACAACAAUCACAAAACACAUUUCUUGAGAUCUGACAAUCACUUCUGUCGUGGUUCAUUUCCUCUGUUCUGAGGAGCGCCACUUUUCAGUGUUCCAUAAAAAUUUAGAAAAAUGUCUCAGUUUUGCUUUGUGUGUUUACGCUGAAGAUUGGGGGCUGACUACAGACAACAGACGGUAGCUUUCAAGUUGAGCUGAUGAAGUAGAUACAAGAUGAAUGCCAUGUGACAAACGAAGCAGGGUGGCUAUUAGCUGAAAACAGCAAAGCAAUGAAUUGUACUUAAGCGUUGGAAUGUAUGAACUUGAGACAGAGGUAACCUCCCGCCACAUCUGCAGGUAGUGAGGGUACUGGCAUCCUAUCUGCAGGGGCCUCUCUAGAACCCCAUCAGACUGCCAGCACCUCUGCCCAGGAGCAGGGGGCUUUCACAUGGGUAUUAACUCUGGAAGCACAGGGCCUUCUUCUGGUGCCUACACCCUGAAGCCGCAUCACCGGUCCCUCUCUCUGUCGAAAGAUCCUCUUUUCAAAAUGUUUACCAUGGCUUCUCCAAAGCCAUACUGUCUUGUGUGUUUGUUUUGUUGUCUAUUUAUUUCUCCUCUGUUACUAUUGCACAAAAUGAUUUUAUAGUGUGUUAAAUGCUCAUGAUAUGUUGUCAGUCUGGUGUGUGCAUGGAGAGAAAAAUCAAGCGAUUUAAAAAAAAAAAGGGAAAUGAAACUAUUUAUUGUCUGCAGGUUUUGUGCAGGUAAGGGGACUGG